UAUAUAUAUAUAUAUAUAUAUUCGCGCGAAUGUGGUUACUACGACUAAAUGUACUAUCUUCAAUAAUCUAACUUUAUUUAAAACAAGCCUAAUGAAUAACUUGUUAAUUGAUUUUUCAAUCAUCAGAUGAAGUAGAAGGUUAAUUCAUCAUUCAUAAUUUUUUUGGUAUUACGAUUUUCAACAUUAUCAUUAUUUCUUUUGGUCUUUUAUUAAAAUAAAAAUAUUAUUCUCCAGCAUUUCCAACUACCGAUUUGUUUAUCACUGUUGUCACUGUUCCUAUUACUGUGAGUAGUAUCAGUAAUAUAUUUAUUUGAUGUAGUUUGUCUACCAUUUGAAAAAGUUUCAACUCUAUUCUAUCGAUACUAUACUACUACCCACUUCUUCUAAUUCCCUCUAUCUCUUCUAUGUGCUGUUGUUAUUUCCUUAUUUCCUGUCUGAUUUUUUUUGUUUUAUGUAAAAGUUUACGUGAUUUGUUAUUAGAUGAGAUUAACGAGAAAACAUGAUUUUAAAAAAUUUCUCGAUAAUACUUCUUAUAUAUAAAUGGUAUCACUAGGUAAGCUUACUUACAACAAAGUCUUUGUAGACAUAGAGAGAAAUGUAGUUUAUUGUCGUAAAGUAAAAUAAUGAACAAUCAUCUCAUUAUCUAAUAGAUGUUAAACAGAAUGGAUUGUGAUAUACAAAUUAGUUACAUAAAAAAAAACAAAUUAUUGUAAAGAUCAGAAUUGAAAUUUUGGGAAUUUCCCCUUAUAUUUUUACGAUAAAUCCUUUGAGUAAAUUAAAACAUGAUGGAUAAUUUAAACGGAUCAAUUGAAAAUGUGACAAUAAAUAUUGCAGAUGAUAUUGACUUAGCUGGUAUACGUGUACCUGAUAUGAAACGUAUUAAAAAUGCGCGUAAAGAACGUGCAAAUCAAUUAAAAGAAUGGCAAAUUUAUGAUAAGAAAAUGCAGAAAGAAUCAGAGAAAUUACAAAAGAAAGGAUUAUCUCCAUUAAAUGACAGAAGACAUUAUAACUCUAGUCGAGCUGUAAAGUUUCCUCAAAGUUUAAUAUUUUUAGAAGCUGCCGCUCGAGGGGACCUGGAUGAAGUUCGUGAAUUACUUAGCAGUGGAGUUUGUCCAGAUGUAGCCAACGAGGAUGGAUUAACAGCAUUACAUCAGUGUUGUAUUGAUAAUAAUUUGGAAAUGUGUCGGUUACUUCUUCGAUAUGGAGCAAAUCCUAAUUCUCGUGAUACAGAACUAUGGACUCCGUUACAUGCGUCAGCUACAUGUCAUCAUACAGAAUUGUGUAAAAUUCUAAUUGAUCACGGUGCAGAUCUACUAGCUAUGAAUGUUGAUGGUAAUAUGCCUUAUGAAUGCUGUAUGCCUGGAUCAACAUUGAAUUUAGUCGAAACUGAAAUGGAUAAGAGAGGCAUAACACAAGAAGAAAUAGAUGAUUGGCAUCGUGUGCCAGAAUGUGAAAUGCUUGCAGAUAUGGAAGCCUUAUACAAAGCUGGUGCAGACCUUGAUCGACUAGAUGCACAAGGAGCAUCUAUGUUACACAUCGCAGCUGCUAGUGGCUUUGAAGAAGUUGUUUUAUUUUUGUUAAAACGUGGAGCGAAAAUCGAUCUGCUUGACAAAGAUGGUUGGCAAGCUAUACAUAUUGCAGCUUGUUGGUGUCAAUUAGAAAUUGUUGAAUUACUUGUAAAUUUCGGUGCAGAUAUAUUAGCUGAAACUAGAAAUGGUGAAACAGUAUUUGAUAUAUGUGAAGAUAUUGAAAUGCAUACACGUUUAAUUGAAAUUAAACAAGAAGUAGAAAGAAAAAAAUCUCAACAACAAGAUUUACUUAAUAAACCUGGUAAACCACGUGAAUUAGUUCGUCGACGUAGUAGUACAAAUCCAAGAAGUGCAUCUAUUCGCCGAACAAGUAUGAGAGAAAAGAAAAUGAUCUCUUGGAAGGAAGCUAAACAAGAGGCUGAAAUGCGUGGUGUAGCUACAGCAUCAUCAGAUGAAAAGAAUACAUCAAAACCUUUAAGUCCUAUACUCAAUGGAUCUACAGAUCAUAUUCUUGAAAAAUCGACAACCUAUCCAGAAUCCCAUGGACUUACUAGUCCUAAACCUAUUUGUGGUUCAACACGUAGUUCACAUCCCGGUCAUUCCUCAAAAUCUUCAAUCCCACCAGUAUCGUCUCCAAUUUUAACUGGUGUAUUAACGCAUCACGGUAGCUCUUGGUCAGGCAAAGUACAACAAAAUGACACUGUUACUGCAGUUAACGGUUCUACUCAAUCACCUAAUCUUCGCAAUUCAUCCAGAAUGAAAGAUAAAGAGGUCAACCUACCUAGGCGGAACAAUACACAGUCCACAUUAAAUAACGACUCUGGUCCAAUAGGUGUCGUAAGUCCAUCUCCUAUUGCAGCUCAUCGUACAAGUCAUGAUAAAGAAAGAAUUGUCAAAGUUCCGUCGGGUCCUGUACAAAAUCCUGAAAAUGUCGGCACAUUGACACGACGACCUCAACAAACAGAAUACGGGAGUAAAUCUCCACAAAUCAGCUCACCUGAUCUAUCACCUCAACAUCAUACUCUGAGUCCUCAACUACGUCAGGCAAAAAGUCGAACAAUAUCUGGCGUUGAAGGGUUAUCUAAUCCAGAUCAGUCUGGCACUCACCUUAAAGCUAGAGUAAGUAACUAUGAUAACGCAUACGCAUCUUCUCUUCCUCGACGCGAUAACAAUAACCAGAAGACCGAUUUAAACAAUCAACCGGUUCGUGGAGAAAGACGUUCUUCCACAAGGAAGAAGAAACCAAUAUUAUCAGAACAAAAACCACCAAGAAAUGACAAUAGAGAAACUGAUAUUUCAGUACAUAAUGCAUAUUGUGCACUACCAUCUAACAAUCAGUUUCAAAACAAUCAACUUCGUAAUGACGAAAAUUAUCCUGACAACCAAAAUAUUAUUCUACGUUCUCCAAACAUAAAUCGCAAUGAUGUUAAACAAAACACUAGAAGUAGAAUUACUUCAGGUCAACAAAGUGGUUCAGGACAAGUUGUACAUGCCAUAGCAUCUCUACCAAGAAGGGAGUUAAUCAAUUAUGGAGACGAUUUAGGCUCCAGACCGAGUGGUAAAUGUUGUAUAAUAAUGUGAUAAAAAAAUACUUAAUCAUAACCACUCUUUUCAUUUAAAGUCUAUUAUGCAUUGUCUAUUUUACAUUCAUGAAACUUCCCAUAUAUACAUAUGUGUUCCUAUAAUUUACUAACUCAGUGAUAUAUUUAAACAAAGUGUUUGACCCAUUUCGUAUAAUCAUAAUCUUACUGAAACCAUUAAAAAUUGUACAUAUCUAUUCAAAUCCCAUUUUUCCCUUCCUUGUUUUUACUUGAUUCUCUUUUCACCAGUUUUUUUUUCUUUAUCUAUACAGUCACCAACUGAGUGAAAAAAAAUAAACAGAUUACUUCAUCAAGUUCAAGUUUGAUGUUUUUACAGUCUUAACUUACCAAAUCAAAGUAGUAUUUUCUAAGUUAAAUGAUUUUAAUUUUAUUCAAUUACUUUUUUUAAAGUUAGAAAAUGAAAAAAAAAACACUACUGAAUUCAACAGAAUGUCUUGUCCAUGUAUUUAUGUGUAUGAAUGACUGAUUUUGAUCACACUGCUCUUUUAUAUGGUUUUUCAGUCAUACCCAGAGUACUAUCUGAUAAAUUUUAUGUAAUGUAUAAGAAAAGCAAAAAUUGAUUAGGUUGUCUGUUUGCUUUUUUUUAAGUCCGAUAAACCUAUUUUUACUUGCUCGCACUUGGAACACGUUGUCUACCUUCAAACACGAUAGCGUAUUUGCUUCAUUGUCUUCUUUUACUUCCACAAAUACUACUAUACUUCAUAAUAGUUAAUAAACAUUGAAUAAU